CACUGCACACUGCAGUACAGAGAAAGUUAAAAAAAAGGCUCCCUUAUACCUCCACUCUUUCUCCUCCAUCCCACCACCAGACUUUCACUUUCCUCUUCCUUUUCCUCUGUCCUUUUUUCUUCCGCUCCCCCUUACUCACAGAUCCAAGCAGCCAUGGCGCCAUGUUCCAAGCUGUGCUCCCUGCUGCUGCUGCUGCUGCUGCAGUCUCUUCUCAUUCCUGCAGUGCUCUGCGCCGAGCGGCAAGAGCUGGGUGGGGAGGUGGAGGAGGAGGAUGAGGGAAUGAGCUUAGAUCUGGCCAGGGAGGCCAUUGGGUGGUCCUCCUCCGAGUUGGAGGAGAUGGUCGGCUUCAGCGACGACAGCGAGGUUGGUGGUGAGUUGGGGAGCAGGAGAUCUCUCUUCUGGAGGGCGCUGCACUACUACUACAUCAGCUAUGGCGCUCUCUCGGCCAACAGGAUCCCUUGCCCGCCUCGAUCUGGCAGAUCCUACUACACCCACAACUGUUACCGCGCCAGGGGCCCUGUGAGGCCAUACCACCGUGGUUGCUCUGCCAUUACUCGCUGCACCAGGAGCACCUACUGAACUCUCUCUCUAUCUCUUUCUCUGUGUCUCUCUCUCUGUAUAUUUUUUGUUUUCCUUUCGGCUAGUCGCCUCUUCAACAUCAUAAACUUUUCUUAUAUAUGCCUGCAACUUUAAAUGUGUACGCUUUUGUUUCCUUUGAAUGGGAAACUGGCGAAAUUUAUAUGUUUAUCCAUUUUGUUUUCCCCAUCAUGCUUAUCUGAUUGAUGCCUGAUGUUUACUAUAUUGCCUGGAUGAGAUCGGGCUUUGCUUUGAAAGAUAUCAUAUCAGGGGAGUGCUUGCUCAUGUAGAAACCGGAACAAAGCUGGUUCUGUAUUUUGUGGACUAUGGUUGUUUGUUCAUCGAAAAAGUAAUCUCUAUCUCUGUC